CGUGCCAACGCGUGCAUCACAGCAGGCACGCCAACCCACACACCCAAUUCCACAAUGUCAACAUGUAAAUCCCUCCUCCGAGCCUGUCCCUCGCAACGGACCACGCCGUCGCUCCUCCCCCUCACGCAAUGCCGCUUCGAAUCCACAACCCGGCGACACAGAAAACUGCUCGCACUCCCCGAAGCCCCAUCCUACACACCCGACCGCGCAGCGCCCACACUGGUCUUCAAUCCCCCUUCCUCGGCGCCAAACGUCUACCACACCCCGCUCAAGUUCCUGCCCAAGGAAGAUAAGAGGAGACAGUUAUACGCUGCCGCCCAACAAUACGCAACCAAACUAGCGCACACGCGGCAAUCCUCACCCAUUGCCGCACCAGGCACACCGCUCAGCGCAGAAGGAUUCCUUCCUCCGCGCCCUUCUACAUCCCUGCCUGCGCCGCUCCGGAAGCCGUACGAGAAGACGUAUCAUCUCACCGAGGCGGAUAUUGCCGAAAUUAGGAGACUGAGGAGCGCGGAUCCGGAUACGUGGACUAGAGUCAAGCUGGCGGAGAAGUUUGGCUGUAGUCAGUUCUUUGUGGGCAUGGUGGCUAAGAACGAGGCGAAGGCGGAGAGGGUGGAGAAGGAACAUGAGGCUGCGAGGAGGAAGUGGGGCACAAGGAGACGAGAGGCUAGAGAAGAUCGGGGGAGGAGGAAGGUGCUUUGGGGGAGGGACGCUUAGAUGGAGUUGUUUCUGGGGCUAUUUGGGUGGCUCUUGUAUGAUCUCGGCUUAGAUGGAUUGGAGCCUGGGUUAUUGGGAUACGGAAACAAUGUGGAUAUGGUAUACGAUAUGUGUAAAGAGCAAAGGAAUGUUUGUAGUCUGUUAUAUCAUACUACCGAUUUGGAAACACAU